AUGCAUCAUUUACCUGACAUCCUUUAUUGGACCUUUGUCAAUGCUUCAUUUAGCUCUCUGAGCAUUUUUUAAAACAGUUAUUUUAAAGUCUUUAUCUAAUUAGGCUGGAUCCUGGACUUCCUCAGGGAUGGUUUCUUUCAAUGCUUUUUUAUUUUUUUUGAAUGAGCUAUCUUUUCCUGUUUUUUGGUAUGCUGUGUGAUUUGUGGUUGCUGUUGCUGUUGAGAACCAGACAUUUAAGUAUUAUAAAGUGACAAAUAUAGAAAUCAGAUUCUCUGCCUUCUCCAGGGUUUUCUGUUUUUUGGUUGUUGAAGGCUGUAGUAGUUAAUUUGUUUAGUGACUUUUCCUAUUUUUCCAAAGACCGUAUUCCUGGUAAUGUGUAGUCAUUAAAAUCUUUGUUCCUUAGUUUGUGUGCAGCUAGUGUCUCGACACAUUUCCUUGAUUGCCAGAAGAUAAGAAAAACAAUUAAAAAUAUCUUCCCAGUCUUUGCAUAUUGGCUGUUUGCUGGGCACUCCUUUCCCUCUUAAUCAGUCUUUCACUGAGCCUAUGAAUCAGCCCAAGGAAAAAUUGUGUGGUCCUCUCAGACAUUUCCUGCAUGUGCAUCUUCCCCUGGGCAUGUGUAUAGCCUGCUUAAUUCCCCCUUAUACAUGAGUGGUUUUUAAUGUCCGAUUAUCUUAAACAAAUUCUCCCCAGUUUUUAUUGCCAGGAUUUAGGUGGCCUGUUAAAUGUUUUGGCCAUAAUCUUUUGUUCCAAGCAUCUGUGCAUUGUUAGGUCAACUUGCUGUUUCUGAACAAGACCCACCACUUUUCCAGCCUGAGCUCUGAGUCAGGCAAAACAGAAACAAGUGCCUCGUUUCAGUCUUCUGGGUAGCUGUAAGACCAGCGAGAACAACCGCAAAUGGGUAUUUGCGAUAAGAUUUGCUCUGCUUCCUCUUGAACAUGCUCUGGGGUUUACACUGGAGUAGGGCUGCCGCUGCUGCUGCUGUGCUGAAAAGGGGUGGGAUACAGGAGGUAUUCUGGAUGGAUGGCUGCUGGAAACCCAUUGUCAUAGCCAGCUCUUCUUCAACACUUACAGAUUCACCGUGGCAUUGAGUAAUGAGAAUUUUGAAACCGUGUUUGAGAAGUACCUCUAUCCAGUGCUAUUUGUGUUUACUUCUAAACAGUCAUUUUUUAACUGAGGCUGGCAUUCAAGUCUUCAUUUUGGGGUGCUUUAGUGCAAGUCUUCCUAAAACAGAGGCUAACUGGCAGUACGUAAUAAAAGAUUUGGAAAUAAUUGAAAAUCUUACUCAAGUUAUGCAUGUUGAUGCCACUUUAUAUACUGAAAGUGAUGCUCACCCUAAUUGCAAAGUAACAGCAAUGAAGUGCUUUCUCCUGGAGUUACGCGUUAUUUCACAUGAAUCCAGGAAUAUGGCCAUUGAUGAAACAGUAGAAAACCUUAUCAUCCUAGCAAACAGCAGUUUACCUUCUAAUGGGAAUAUAAUAGAAUAUGGAUGCAAAGAAUGUGAGGAACUGGAGGAAAAGAAUAUUAAAGAGUUUUUACGAAGUUUUUUUCAUAUUGUACAAAUGUUCAUCAACUCUCCUUGAUUGCCGUUGGUCAUCUUCAGCAUUUCUGUUAUUAAGAAACAUCUUCCCGCAGCCUAGAGGCAACAAAACACUCUGCAUUUCAAAUGUGCUGCCAAAACAAGUUUUUCUACCAAGAAGGUAAUCAGGAUCUUGGAUCAGAUGAACUCUUAGAAAAGAAGACAGAAAAAUAUCAUUGAAUAACAUAGUAAAAACCUAGUGGCCGUCCAGUCAAUUCUGACUCAUGAUGACCCCAUGUGUGUCAGACUCAGACUACAGCUUUCUCCACAGAGUUUUCAAUGGGUGAUUUUUUUUUUUUCUUUUUUUCUUCCUGGAAGUAGAUCCUCUCAAGCUUUUCUUCCAAGGCACCUCUGGGUGGACUGAAAACUCCAACCUUUUGGUUAACAGCCAAGCUCAUGAACCAUUUGCACUACCCAGGGACUCCAUUGAGUAACAAAGUAACUAUAAACUGUCCUCAGACUUAUUUUGCUUUUUUAUUUUUAAUUUAUUAUUGAAAGUGUACAUAUCUGUAGUAUAAUAUAAAAUGUUGAAUAGAAUUCUGUAACAUAUUUUAACAUUUGGAAGUGCACUGAUAUCUUACCUCUUAUAAGGAAAUAGGAGACAUUUAUUGAGGAGUGAGAAUCGAAAUAUUUGAGAAUUAUUUAACGACAACUGGUUAUCAAUGUUGGGUGCAAACAGCUAUGUUGUUAUGAUCCUGCAAGUCUCUAACCACUGACCACCAGCCCACUUUUACUUCUCCAUUAGCUGUAACACUAGAAGAAGUGUUGACUACCAAUGAGAAAAGGAAGACUAUGUCGGAGCACUGUCCUUUAAUCCAUAAUCUAGUUAUUGAGAUAUAUAUAUAUAUAUAUAUAUAUAAAGCACCUGUUAUGAAGGAAAUACUCAAAUUUUAAGUACCUGGCACAUAAUGUGAAUCAGUAGAUUUUGGGUGGUGAUGACAACAUCAGCAUUCACAGGUUCAAUUGUGUACAGAAAAUGAACAGUUAUGAUGGUGUUUAUACUUUGUGCCUUCCCAAUUACAGUAUUUUAUUUUUACAUUAUUUUUGCCAUGUGUAUAGAAUAAACUGCUGAUUUGUUGAACUCACUAUUAUCUGAUAGAAAAUAAUUGUUUAUAAUGUUUCAUCACAAUUCACUGUCUAAAAUUAGUGAGUUCUUUUGUAAUGGAAUGAUAAAUAAAAUGAAACUCUUGUCUCAUUAUGAAUUUGUUUUAACGCCAUACCUACAGAAAUAUCAGAGCUUUGAGUGUGUAUUAACCUGGUCUAUCUCAGAAUUGGAUGUAGCAAGGGGUUUUUCUCAAUAUAUCUCUUUGUUUGGUAAUAAACAUUAUGACUGUGAUGUAAACGAUUCAUGAAUGCAACAAAAUUAAGAGUAAAUUUUAAGGAUAGUAGAACCAAUGCGAUGCUUCAGUCUUAGUAGUAGUAAGCUUUGACCUAUCUCCCACCCAGCCCACCCAAAGGUACAGUAUACAUGAAAAAUUGGGUAUUUGUCUUAUAGGUCUUCUCCAUGUUUCAUCUGGCAGUUCCUACUUAGUAUCUGCUGCCACUUUCAACUCUACUGUGGUCACUGCUUAUUUCAUGGGUGGUCGCUGCCUGGUGCUCCUAGUCAGGCCUCUUGGUAGGAUGCAUAUCCAUUCUCAUGAGCUCCCACCAAGGGCUAAUGGGAACUGGCUGCACUUUCCUGCACCAUCUUACACUUCAGUCUCCACAACCCUGCCCUCACCAGGCUCUAUAUUUGUAUUAGAACUUACUGCAGGCUCAGAGUAACAAAAGGGAAUUAGAGAGAGGUGAGGAUGGAGAGAUUUAAAACGCUUUACUAAAUAUCACUUUUCCCAUAAUCCAAAGUCAGAAAAACCAAGAAAUUAAAGCUUUCAUAGUCUGCCCAUCUGAGACAUAGCCUCGUUUCCUUCUUCUCAGGUCUGUUUGUAAUACAUCUUAUCCCUCUGCUCUCGGGUCUGUCCCUAUAGCAUUACCUUUUCAAAUAUAAAAAGUGAAUGAUAAUGAUGUCUAGGUCAGAAUAGUGCUAUGAUAUUUAAGUAAGUUAAUUCAUGCAAAGUGCUUAGAAUUUCUAACACAUAGUAUGCAUUCAAUAAUAAGAGUAGUAGUAGCAACUAAUAAUAAUAAUAAUAUUGUUGUUGUUAGGUGCUAUCAAGUUGGUUCCUACCUAUAGUGACCCUAGGUACAACAGAACAAAGCUCUGCCUGGACCUGCAGCAUCCUCAGAGUUGUUACUAUGUUUGAGCCCAUUGUUGCAGCCACUGUAUCAACCCAUCUCGUUGAGGGUCUUCCUCUUUGUUUGUGUUAUACAAUUGUUACUAGUUUAGGAAUACAAUGUAUGCAUUUCUUGAGUGUCCUUUUUGUCUUCAUAUCCAUCAUCUUGUCUGUAAUCAUUUUAUAUCAUUAUUCUUUUACAUUUCUUCUGGUUUUAUUUUCUUGAGCCAGUCUGCUGUAUUUCAGCCAUGACUAUUCUAUUGUUGGCAGAUUUUGAUAGAGCUUUUUCUCUUCCCUUUUAUUUUCUUCCAGCUAACUGUCUUAUAUCUCUUCUCUUGUCCUGUAUCUUUCUUUUUCAAUAAUUGACUGUUUUAAUCCUCUUUUAAUCAAGAGUUUAGGUUGCCUUUCUUUGCCUUUGUGGAGAACAAUUUUCACAACUUUUUCUGUGUUCUUUGCCUACAUUGUCUUGCGGUAUCCACCUUCACCGCUCCUUUCCUCCAGCAGGGCAAUGAAAGAGGGGCAGUGACAGCAAAGCUGUAAAAGUCUAUUCACGGGUUUGCUAUCUUGAAAGCCAUUUUACCAGAUUCAGCCUUUCCUUUUCCCUGGAAUGGUAUCUCUCUUCACUUGUCAGUCUUCCCAAGAUAAGUUGACUCAGUGACAAAACAUUUAAAUCACAAGCAGCAUUGCAGCCUGGCAAUUGCUCUCUGUUCUCUUUCACCCUGAUUCACUCUGGGGGUCUUCGCUGAUAUACUAUGGAGUAGGAAUAGUGAUCACCUAAGAAUGCUAUUUCUCUUUUAAGUUCCCACUGCAUUCUCCAGUACGAAGUGUUUCUCUGUUGAAACAUUAUUUUACCACCCAGUGUUCUCCAUCCAUGCUCAUAUAUCUCAGUCCUGUAGUCAAAGUAUGCUUAUACAUUUCUUCAAGAUCAUUUAGGACAAAUUUAUAUCCUAGUUGACUUUAAAGGAGUCAUAUAUUGGCUCUCGGGUUGUUUCCUAAUCUCAGUCCAUACUUUGCACUAUUUGGCAGCACAUUUCAAAAUUUCAGGAUUGUGGCAACUAUUUAAAAAUUUCCAUUGCAAUGGAAAUUUUUUUUUAAUUUGUCUUUUUGUCUUAUUUUUUUAUGUUUUCCUUUUUUUCAUGAAAAUUGGACCACUUUUAAUCAGAAAUUUCCAGUCCAGUCCUUAGACAAGGGUUAGCUCCCUUUCCAGGUACUAUUGGUAGGGUGAAUGAAAAUUGUCAUGCCAAUCACAUCACCAAUCAUAUCUGAUAGUGCUCAAUAACCCAUUUUGGUUAUAUAAGCAAACCAGUGAACUUAACCUUUGGAAUUUUGCAGUGCUUGAAAUUUUGACUUCAUCCCCCAUUAGUUACUUAAUAUGGAUAACUUCGGUUGAUCUUAGGAAACUUAAGGCAUAGAUCUGCAACUUGUUCUUAAAACACCUUUAGUUACCUUGAGAAACAAAGUAAUCAUGUAAACCAAUCUGAAUUUAAUUUUUGAUGUUUGUACUUUUUUUUUAAAUUAUUUUGUUGUUGUUGAAAGUGUACACAGCAAAACAUACACAAAUUCAACAGUUCUACAUGUACAAUUUAGUGACAUUAAUUACAUUCUUUGAGUUACACAACCAUUCUCACCCUCUUUUUCUUAGUUGUUUCUCCCUCAUUAACAUAAACACAGUCCCCUAAGUUUCUUAUCUAGUCUUUUGAGUUUCCAUUCCUCCCCCCCCACACACAAAUACUUAAGAAUGCAUUAUUGCUUCUUCAUCUGUUAUAUAUGAUACAUUCAUAUAUCUGCUAUAUCAAGUUUAGCGUAAGCUCAUAUACAGUCAUAUGUGAGUCACGGUUAACAUAUGCAGGUUACAUGUAAAUAUUUGCCCAGAGGAAAUUCAACUACCAUAAAGAUUUGGCUCAAUGGUUCUGAAUAUGUCUGAUGACUUAAUUGUGUUCUCACUGAGGAAUUUAUUAUGCCCGGUAAACCUCAACCUUGUAGAAAAGCCCUGUAAUUGUAUAAUCUAACUGAUGGCACGUACAAGAAAGAUUUAUAAAUCAUCAAUAAAGAGUCUUGAUUUUGUUCUGUAUCUUAUUUUUUCAGUCUUGGAUUUUAAAAUAAGUUAAAUUUUAGAGGAAUUGGAGAGGAAAUUGUUACCUGGAAGCAAAAUUGAAAAUUGUGUAUUUAAUUUUUAUAAGCUCUGUCAAGACUUUCAUAAUAUUAGCAUGAAAGAAAUCAUUUUUACUCUACAGGUUGUUUGCCUUCACCGUCAUCAUCAUUGCUGUUUUCUUUCAUUAACAGUCCUUCAGCCAUAUCAUAAUGGUAUUUAUUGAAAGCCUACCUACUGGGUAUAAACAUUAUGCUGGGUGCCAUGACUACAGCUGUGAAUAAGAAAGCUAUAGCCUCAGAAUUCAGAGAGUUUACAUUAUAACAAGGUAGUCAUAUUACCCAAAAAAAAAAAAAAAAUCAAGUUCUUAUUCAGUUUAGUAUCAGUUCUAUGAAUGAGAAAUACAGACCCCCAAGAGACUACAUACGGAGGGAGUAGAUUCAUUCAAUGGGUGUCAGAUAAUGCUUCUUUGAGCAAGUGAUAUUUGAGCUCAUCUAUGAAUUAUGAUUAGGGAUCAUCUGGGAAGAAGUGAGGAGUCUCAAAUAGAGAAACAGUCUACCAAAAUCUUCAGAUAGGGAGGAUAAUGAUGUGUUCAAAGAGCAGAAGGAAGACCAGUAUGGCUAGGCUGGAGCAAAGGGACUGAAAGAGGAAGCUAGUAAGGUAGGCAUCAACUGACCUCACAAGCUCUGGCAAAGAUUUUGCUUUAUACCCUAAAAGAAAUGACAUUUUUAUUAGACAUGCAUUAAAAGUACACAAGUGAAGAGGAGCUGAAGCACUUACUGAUGGAGAUCAAAGAUCACAGCCUUCAGUAUUGAUUACACUUCAACAUAAAGAAAACAAAAAAUCCUUACAACUGGACCAAUAAACAAUAUCAUGAUAAACAGAGAAAAGGUUGAAGUUGUCAAGGAUUUCAUUUUACUUGGAUCCACAAUCAAGGCCCAUGGAAGCAUCAGUCAAGAAAUCAAAUAACGCAUUGCAUUGAGCAAAUCUGCUGCAAAAGACCUCUUUAAAGUGUUAAAGAACAAAGGUCACUUUGAGGACUAAAGUGCGCCUGACCCAAACCAUGGAGUUUUCAAUUACCUUGUAUGCAUGUGAAAACUGGACCAAAUGAUUAAGAAAGACCAAACAAGAAUUGAUGCCUCUGAAUUGUGGUGUUGGCAAAGAAUAUUGAAUAAACCACCGACUGCCAAAAAAACAAAAAAAACAAAUCUGUCUUGGAAGAAGUACAGCCAAAAUGCUCCUUAGAAGCAAGAAUGGUGACACUUUGUCUCUCAUACUUUGUACAUGUUAUCAGGAAGGACCAGUCCCUAGAGAAGAACAUCAUGCUUGGUAAAGUAGAGAGUCAGCUGAAAGAGAAGAAGUCCGUCAAUGAGAUGGAUGGAUUGGCAUAGUGGCUGCAACAAUGGGCUCAAGCAUAACAAAGAUUGUGAGGAUGAUGCAGGACCGGGCAGUGUUUCAUUCUGUUGUAUAUAGGGUCAUUACAAGCCACAACCAAUUUGACAGCACCUAACAGCAACAACAAAUAAUGUCAUCUCACAGGGAUCUUAUCAUUGCAGUCAUUUAAUGAGUUCCUUGCAGUGCAGUGACGACCAAUUUAGGCAAGUGAUUAUUUGUUCCUUGUCAAAAACAACAAGCAUGUUGAUAGUAUAUAUCAUCUGAAAGGCUAAAGUUGUAAGGGUUAAGAGAGAAGUCCAACACAGGCUUCGAAAGACAGUUAGAAUCGCUCUUUCAUCAAAAUCUUAACAAAGGGAAGGCUUCCUGAGAAAGGAAUAACUUUCUAAAUCACUUUUUAAUGAGAACCAUUUGAUGUAAGGGAGGCCAAUCAUUUUCAUCAAAAAAAUUGGUGUAGAGGAAGGGACGAAGGGCAUGAUGAGAGUGCUCUGCUGACUGAAUGACAGGGCACAGUCACCACAGGGGAAAUGGAAAGAAAAUAAAGCAGGUGCUGCUGAGUAGAGACACCAGAAGCCUUGAAAGCACAAUCGCACUACACACAAUCAGGAAUUCAUGGGUUUAGGCUGUCAUUAGCUCCUUGUCGCUGUUGUUCGUUUCCAGGUUCUGACUCAUGGCAACCCCACGUGUGUAGAGUAGAACUGCUCCAAAGGGUUUUCCAAGCUGUCACCUUUCAGAAGGAGGUCACCAGGCCUUUCUUCUGAGGUACCUUUGGGUGGGCUUAAGCCACCAACUUUCUGCCAGUAGUAAGCACUUAACUCUUUGUGCUGCCCAGGGAUGUCAUUGGCUUUGAAGGGACAAAUGCUGAUAUGUUCAAGGAAUGGAUAAGAAAGAAACAACAUUUCCAAAUAAGUGACAGCUGAGACCCUAAAGAUGAGACUAGAAUAUCAGCGUACCAAUGAUUCUGCAUGAAAAGCACUGUCUUUUCAAUGGUUUUAAAGAUCAUGAUCAUCAGCCAAGUUCAGUUUGCUGAGUUGAUUCAAUAAAGUAGAAGUCCCCAGUAUGUUUUUGAGCUCUGCUCUCAAAGAACACAAUCGGCUGUGGGUAAUAAUAAUAAUAAUUCUCCUAUACCUGUAUGGUUCUCUAAAUUCACAAAGUGCUUUUAUCUACAUUGUUUUACAUAGUAAUAGUUUCUGUCCCUCAUGGCAUAGAAGAAAGCAGAAGCAGAGGCUCUGAAACAUUUUGUUUACGUUACUGAUACAUAAAGAAAAAAGAAAAGAACAGAAAAAUAGAAAGAAACCACCUGGAGUUUUUGUCCAAGCUCAGCUGUGCAUUUUUCUAAGCCCUAUUGCAUCUUAUAUUCCCUUUCCCAUAAAAAACAUGCACAUAAUACUUGGGGUGGAAAAUUAUUUGUUGUUCAAAAGAUCAAAACACAGUUUAAGCAUGUAUUUUUAUUCCAUAUUUUGGUUAUUUUUUCUUCACACAACUAUAUUCUGGUCUGUUGUUUGCUUUGCCCAGACGGUAAAGGCGCCAUUAAAUUUAUCCAGCCUGAAUUCAUUACCUUUUUAUAGUGAAAGAAAAUCCUCUCCUUUUGACAAGUAAGAUGUUUGUGCUGUAUUUAUGAAUAAAUAAAGGCAGCUGUGAUACACAGCAUUAUUAAGAGCAUUGCUCUAAACAUCUCCUCUGAAAAGAAAUCCACUCUUUUCAAUGUAAUGUAAGCUCUUGGUGUCCCAGAGUUUAUUAAAGAGGGAAAGCUACAGACCUAUUAUCCACACUGCAGCGUGAUAAAAAAUAUCCUACUUUCUACAAGGCACUCAAUUCAAAAUUGCAAACACAAGGCCAAAUGCUCUUUGAAAUGGUUAUUGUCUUUGCUGGUCGCUUGGCCCAUUCUUCAGUGCUUCACAGGUUCAGAAUCUGGAUACCAGCAAAGCAGCUUUCCCCAGGCUUCACCCUAAAUAGCCAUAAUAAUGCUAUUUCCUGCUUUUCAGCUGAGUGACUUUUUGAUAGGUGAAACUGCCAUUGUAGAACGGAUUUUUCCUUUGCAAAGAAGAGGAACCAUUUCGCCUCACAGAGGGACCUUCUAAACUGUAAGCCAGAAAAAGUGAGACAAAGUAUAACUCUUCGUCACUGUGAUGACCUCAAGGCAGGUCUGAAUGGGCAUCAGAACUGUUGGAAAGAACUUGUUUUCUCAUGAAGUUACACUGCUUCUCAGCAGAGCCCACUAGUCCCUAGGGAUUCAUUUCACGGCUUAGUGUUUUUUAUUUUAUUUCUAACAACAAACGUGAAAUGUGCUCGAAGAAUGAAUAUUUAUAAGCAGUGACGUGACAAGGGCUGGGCAGAGCCAGCCGUCUGCCCCCAGCUUCAGGCUUUGAGAGAGGCCAUUGUCUGUACAAGGAAUUUAAAGACAAUAACAAAUCUGAGGAAAAGUCUGUCUGCCUUUAUGAUCACUACGCAUCAACAAUUCUAAAUGAUAUUACCGAUAAUAUAUUCUUUCCUGGAAAAAAAUGUUUUUGUCUAAGUUCUAGACAAUUGCUCAGGAUACAGUUUUAAUAAUGUCUAGGUAAUAUUCAAAUUAGCACAUGUAUAUUACCAAACCAAACCCAGUGCCGUCGAGUCGAUUCUGACUCAUAGCGACCCUAUAGGAUAGAGUGGAACUGCCCCGUAGAGUUUCCAAGGAGCGCCUGGCAGAUUUGGACUGCCGACACUUUGGUUAGCAGCUAUAGCACUUAACCACUAUGUCACCAGGGUUCCCACAUGUAUAUUAUGUACCCUUUAAUAAACACUGUAUUUUACAUGGAAUCUCAUUUAGAGGGCUCAGUCACACCGUUUGCCUUCAACCCUAGAGGAAGGACUCAGGCAGUUCUAAAGAGUUUGAACUUGUUCACACUGGCUUUUGGGCACAGUUGUGUUGCAUAGUCUUACAUUUAAACAGAUUGAAAUAAACAAUAAUUUCACAGUAAUUGUGAAGACAAGUAGACUAACCUUUACUUACCUAAAUUUUGUCAUUCUGCCGGCCACUUGGAAUUUUUAUUUGUGUUUAAAUAAAAAGCUAACAGUGAGAAAGAGUGCAAACUACAAGGUGUGGUAUUUCUGUUUUAGUAAGUUGACAUUUUAGUUCAUUCAUGGGAUAGUUCACUGAAUAUGAAUAUAAUGUUUAACACUGAGAUUUAUUCUGCUUUUACAUUGUCAAUUGUUUGAUUUAAAUCUAAA